AUGGGUUCCGAUGUAGAAAUGGCAAGUUCAAGCGAUCCAGAUGAUUUGUAUGAGGAAAUCGAGAAAAUGAAAGCAUUGGUAAGUUGAAAAUCAAUUUUUUUUUUUGAAAAAAAAAACCAUUUUCUUUCAGUUGCUGGAAGAUUCACGAAACUACAAAAAUAAUAAUGAAAUGCUUCAACUUUUGCAUAGAAAUGGUGAUUUUGAGGAACUCAUCGAGGCGAGGGAUAAAAUUGUGCAAAAAGUACCGCUAACUUCUGCGAAUUGGUUGAUUUGGAUUGCAGAAAAGCGAGAAAAUAGUGGAAAUUAUGAGGAGAUUGAGGAUGUUUUUGAGAAAGCAUUGAAAGACUCAAAUGACGUGGCAAUUUGGCUAGAAAGAAUCUAUUUUUCAUUUUCGUAUGGAGUUGCAAAAACUCGACAAACUUUCGAAAAAGCUCUAGCUGCACAUGGAACUCGUUUUGAUUCUGGAGGACAAAUUUGGCUAGCCUAUUUGAGUUUUGAAACAGCAAAUGCUCAGGGUAAUCCAACAGAUGAAAAUAUGCAAUAUUUGGAGAAUUUGUAUAAAAGAGCAUUGCGGGUUGCGACAAAACAUUUACAAGAGAUUUAUGAAGAAGCUUGUGAUAUUAUUUGUGGUGCGAAAGAAAAUGGCGAAAUUAAGACGAUUUUUGAGGAAACUAUGAAAUUGGCUAGAAAAUUGGAGAAGUUUGAAGAGCAUUUGGAAGGAGCAGAGGGUUAUCAAAAAUAUUUGCAGUUUGAGAUUGGUAUGUUAGAAUUUGGGCGGGAAAAAUGGGGUUGUUCACGUUGGAGCGCGUUUGCUAUUUCUGGGAAACUCAAGUGCGCUCUAAUGUGAAAAAAUAGGCAUUUUGAGCCAAAAUUUGAGAUUUUUCCUUGAAAAAUCGCUUUUUUCAUGAAAUAUAUCAAAUGCGCUCUACUGAGCAUCCUAAAAACUAUUUAAAAAUUUGAAAAAAUCUAAUUUGUUCACAAUAAAGUAUCAAAUGUGCUCUAUUGAUCCCUCAAAAAUUUUUUUAUUGCUAAAAAUUUCGAAUUUUGAAAGAAAUUAGCAAGUGCGCUCCAUUGAACCCUCGGAAAUCCAACAAAAAAUUCAAAAUUUAGAAAAACUGUUCAAAAUUCCUUUCAAGCAAAUGCGCCCCAUUGUACACCCAAAAAUCUAUUUUAAAAAUUCAAAUUUUCUUUCAGAAUCCGGAGAUCCAGGUCGAAUUCAAAUGUUCCACGAGCGAAUUGUCAACGAAUUUUGUGAAGAUGAAAACGCUUGGUCAUCCUAUGGAAUUUGGUGUGAAAAAAAGCUGAAAAUGCCGCAAAUCAGUGCUGGAAUCUAUGAAAGAGCUCUCAGAUUCUGUCCAUAUAGUUGUAUUUUGCACCAGGAAGCACUUUUGGCUUAUGAAAGAGCUGCAAAAACUCAUGAGGAAAUUGACGCGGUUUUCGAGUAUGCAAAAGAAAAUGUGAUAAAUUCGGCAGAAGAUGGAAGAGCCUUGUAUAGAACAUAUAUAUAUUUGAGACGACGACGGGUUUGUUCAGCAGAGCGCAUUUGCCCAGAAGAUUUUGCAAAAAUUGCCGGGAUUUUUGAAGAGGGAGCUGCGAGAUUGAGAGAAUGGUUUCCGCAUGAUUGGGAUUUGAAGGCGGAUUUCCGCGCGGCACAAGCGUUUUUUUAUGCAAGGUUUUUGAAGAAUGUUGAGAAGGUGAGGAUUAUUGCGGGAAAUUUGAGGAAAAAUCUGAUUUUUGACCUGAAAAUGACCUGAAAUCAAUUUUUGAGCAGAAAAUUACGGAGAAUUUCCUGAAUUCGAUCUCAAAUUAAUUUUUUGAGCUAAGAAUCACAUGAAAUUAAUUUUUGAACGAAAAAUUAUGAAGAGUUAUCUGAAAUUGACCUUAGAUUAAUUUUUAAGCGAAAAAUGACUGGUAAUUCAUGAAAAUUUCUAUUUUUGACCUGAAAUUGAUGAAAAUCAUGAAAUGUGACCUGAAAUUAACAAAAAAUCCGUUUUUUACUUGAAAUUAACAAAAACUUGAGAAAAAAUACGAUUUUUGAACUGAAAAUGAUCAAAAAUCACAUUUUUACGCAAAAAAUGACUUGAAAUCGAAGAAGAAUCCAAUUUUAAACCUGAAUUUUUGACCUAAACUCCCAAUUUUGCAGGCCCGCCCCAUUUGGUCCGACAUUCUCGCUUCGGGAUUCGGAAAAAACGCGCAAAAAUACAUUGACGCCGCAAAUUUCGAGCGCCAAUUCGGCGACGCGGAACACGUGCGGAAAUACCUGAACACUGCGUUGAAUUCGGUUUCCGAUGAUGUUAAUGCGAUCUAUCAAUAUUAUAUUCAAUUUGAAAGGGAAGAAGGAACUUUGGAACAAUUGGAUGCGGUUUUGGAGAAGAUUAAUUCACAAGUUGCGCAUAGAGCAAAAAGACCGCAAAAGACUGUGCCCGAGCCAAAAAUUCCAGCGAAAUUGGCUCAGAAACGACCAUUCAAGUCUGAUAAUCCUCCAAAACCCGCUGAAAAUGCUGAAAAACCGAGUUUUUCAUCAGAAGAUUGCUCAGAUGAGGAGAAAAAUCGGACAAUUUUUGUGUCGAAUUUGGAUUUUGGGACCACUGAAGAGGAUCUCAAGAAAGUUAUCAAAGGAAUUGUGAAGGUCCGAUUUGCGAAAAGAAUCAAAGGCGAUUUGCACAGAGGUUUUGGAUAUAUUGUGCUGGAAAAUCUGGAAUCUGUUAGAGAAGCGCUGAAAAAAGAUAGGGUUUUGGUGAAUGGGAGACCGAUGUUUGUGUCGAAAAAUGAUCCGGAACAUCGAGUUGGAUUCAAGUAUUCGAAAGGUUUGGAAAAGGCCAAAUUGUUUGUGAAAAAUGUGCAUUUUAAGGCGGAUGAAAAGGAAUUGGAGGUGAGGAUUUGGGGGUAUUUUUGGAUGGAAAUGGACGAUUUUGAGCUCAAAAUUCAGUGAAAAUGAUACAUUUUGACAAUUUUUAUGCGAAAAAUUACGAGCAAUUUCCUGAAAUUAACCUAAACAAUGUUUUUCGUGAAAGUUUAUGAAUUUUAGUUCAUAAAUCAAAAAAUACACAUUUGAACAAGCGAUUUUUUCCCCGAAAAAUUCGGAUUUUUGUGAAAAUUUUGAAACAGUUAAAGACACGUAGAAAACUAGAAAUCGUUCAAAAAUCAUUAUUUGCAUGUUUUUUAUCAUCCUUCAAAUAGUGGAAGUACAUAAAUAAACUUGAAAAAUAUUGAGUUUAACAAAAGUCAAAAAAAGAAAUUGCCUUUUUUGAAAUCGCUCAGCCGACGCAAAAUUUGGUGUUUGCACAAAUGUUCGUGAUUUGCCGCACAUGUGUGCAUUCUUAGCAUAUCGUACCACCACUUUUUAUUUAUUUUUUUCUUUUUUCAAACGAACAACACAACUUUGAAAAAAGGCGCGUGUUCAAAUUUUUACGAUUUCGAACACACAUUUCUAGUUUUCUACGUGUCUUUAAUUUUUUUUAAAUACAAAAAUUCAUAAAUUUUCCCACAAAAAUUUACUGUUUCGAAAUUUACAUGAAUAAUUUUAGAUUUUCUUGAAAAUUUGAUAACAAUGCAUUUGGAGAAAAAUUUAAUGUGUUGAAAAUGUAAAUUUUCUACAAUGAAAUUAAAUUUGAAAAUUCAAAAUUAAUUAAGGUAAUUUUUUUCUCGUUCUCAAAAUUUCACUCAAAAAAACCCACGGUUCAAACGAUUUUUCCCCGGAAAAUUCGGAUUUUUGUGAAAAUUUUGAAACAGUUAAUUUUUAUAAAAUAGAAAAAUUCAAAAAUUUUCCCAGAAAAAUUUACUGUUUCAAAAUUCACAUGAAUAAUUCUGGAUUUUCUUGAAAAUUUGAUUACAAUGCAUUUGGAGAAAAAUUUAAUGUGUUGAAAAUAUGAAUUCUCUACGAUGAAAUUAAAUUUGAAAACCAUGUUUUUCUCGUCUUCAAAAUUUCACUCAAAAAAUUAUUUUCUAAAUUUUUUCCACAAAAAUUUACUGUUUCAAAAUUUACAUGAAUAAUUAUGGAUUUUCUUGAUGAUUUCAAUAUACAAUUUAUAUUUUUAAAAAUUUUAAACCAUGUUUUUCUAGUCCUCAAAAUUUCACUCAAAAAAUUGUUUUCUAAAUUUUUUCCCCAAAAAUUUACUGUUUCAAAAUUUACAUAAAUAUUUUUGGAUUUUCUUGGAAAAUUGUUGCGAUAGCCCGUUUUCUUCUUCGUUUUUUUCAAAAUUAAUUUUUUUUUUGCAGAAAAUCUUCUCGGAAUUCGGAAAAGUUGAAAAUGUUCGAAUAGUUCGCCACAAAAACGGUCAACCAAAAGGCUGUGCAUAUAUUGAUUAUGAAACUGAAGAAGCUGCGACAAAAGCAUUGAUGGCUACUAAAAUUGAGAUGAGAAGUGAGUUUGGAACUGGAAAUUUGGAUUUUUCAUGAAAUUUUGGGUUGGGAAGUUGAAAAUGUGAUAUUUUUAGAUGAAAAAUUCAGCAAAAGUUAAUUUUGCAAUCAUUUUUUGACCCAAAAAACCUUAUUUUCCUUAAUUUUCAGACCGCGAGCUCUCAGUUGCUCUUUCAAAUCCACCUACAAAAUCCGCCGACAAAAAUUCUUCGAAACCUUCGACUUCUGCUAACUCAGCUCCAUCUUCUUCUUCAAAUUCUGCUCAAUUUUUGGCACCAGAUCAAUCUUCUACCCGAAAAUCUUCGAUGCUCCAAUUUUUGCCCAGAUCCACCACAAAACCUGCUGCUCCAGCUCCUGCUCCAGCUGAAAAACCGGCUGAAAAUCAGGAUUCGUCUGAAAUUCCAGCCAAAAAACUGCAUAAACCCAUGUCAAAUGACCAGUUUAGGCAGUUUUUGAUGAAAAAAUCGUGA